AUGUCAGGGAGCCUAAGUCUUCUGCUCACAAUCGUGCAGCCUGUGUCAUCUAAUAAGACUGGAAUGGCAAUAUUGAGUCCUGAAAAUGUGUCACCAGUUGUGAAGAAAGCCUUUGAUAAUCUGGAGAAUAGAUGGCAUGUUUCUUCAGGAACUCAAGAUGUGUCUCCUAAAGAUGGACCAACUGUUUCAGGGAAGUCCAGUAGAUCUCUAUUGUGUGAUCAAACAUUCUCUGGGGACUUGGUCUUGAGGUCUAUGAUUGAAGAAAAUGCUUUUCAGACUUUGUGUGAAGAAUCCUUGAUAAAAAGACCAGGUUAUACACAUUGUGUCUCUGAACCAGAUGAAGAUAAUGAUUUUCGUUCUCUGACAUUUCCAAGAAAACUCUGGAAAAUGGUUGGGAGUGACCAAUUUCAAUCCAUCUGGUGGGAUGAUAAUGGAACUUCCAUAGUGAUCAAUGAAGAUGUCUUUAAGACGGAAGUUUUGGAAAGAAAGGCCCCUUUCAGAAUAUUUGAAACUGGAAGUAUGAAAAGUUUAGUUAGACAGCUUAACCUUUAUGGAUUUAGUAAAGUGCGGCAGAAUUUUCAAAGAUCUGCUUGUCUAACUGACUUUCUGGCAGAAGGAAAAGAAGUCUCUGUUUUAAGCAAGUUCUAUCAUAAUCCAAAUUUUAAAAGAGUUUAUCCCCAGCUUUUAGUUAGAAUAAAAAGAAGAGUUGGGAUUAAAAAUGCUUCUUUGGUAUCUUCAUUGGCUCAAGAUUUCAACAACAGGCACUUUAAGGAAGGGGAUAUUGUGGAUAAUCAUAAUUCUGGUUUUGUGUCUGACACUAGAGGAGAAAGUGCAUUUUUACCUUCUGCAAAUUUAAACAUGCCUCUAAAAAGAAAGCCCUCUACUAGCCACAUAGUUGGUGAUACAAGUACCCCGAUUAGAGGUGAUUUUCCUCCUGCGUAAUCAAUGUCAAUUAGACCACCAGAACUAAUUGCAGUGGAUCAACGUGGUAUUUUAAAUCAGUUGACCACUUUGCACGUGCACUCACAAAGCAGCUACACUGAAGCAAAUGGCCAUGUUGUGAAUUUCAUUACAACUACACAUUCUACUACUCAGUACAGCACCAUAUCUCCCAUACAGAGCAAUUAUAUUCAACUGAUGGUGGAUCCUUGUACUUUUCCAAAUAGAUAUCACAACAUAUCGGACAAUGAAGGUCCUUUUUCUAAACUUCAAACAGAGAGCAACCCCCGGUUUCCAGUGCAAUUGUUAGCUGAUACAUCAUCUAUCUCUCUUUCACGGCCAACUCAUCAGCCAACUGCAGUUUAUGAACGUCAUCCUGAUUACAACUGA